AUGGAAGGUCGUAUCGUUGGUUUCACGGAAGCUGCUUUUGACUUCAAGUAUCCUGCAGUGCUGCCCAAGAAUCACUGCGUCACUCUGCUCAUCGUCGAUUCGUACCAUCGGCGGUAUAACCACUGCAACGGAGAGACAGCGGUUAAUGAAAUGCGGCAAAAGUUUCACCUGUCGGAGAUGCGCGCGGCUUUUCGAAAGGUUCGCAAGAUGUGUACGUGGUGCAAGGUGUUCAGGGCAACACCAACUGUUCCAAGAAUGGCACCGCUACCUGAUGCCCGAGUCACACCACGUGUCAAACCAUUAAGCUUCGUUGGGUUAGAUUACUUCGGCCCGCUUUUGGUGGUACAAGGCCGUCACGAGGUGAACUCGUGGGUUGCACUCUUCACAUGUCUGACCAUAAGAGCCAUCCACCUCGAACUUGUCUCCAGCCUGUCAACCGAAUGCUGUAAGAUGGCUAUCCGCCGGUUCAUAGCGCGGAGGGGGUCACCUAAGGAAAUCUAUAGUGACCGGGGAACCAAUUUUGUUGGAGUCAGUGGUGAGCUACGGGAACAGCUCAAAGGAAUCACCCAGGAACUAGCUGCGACUUUCACUAAUACUGUCACUCAAUGGCGCUUCAACCCACCAGCUGCGCCGCACAUGGGGGGGUCUUGGGAGCGUAUGGUUCGGUCCGUAAAGUGUGCUCUGGCUUCGGUAUCCGUUGAACGUAAACCGAGUGAGGAAGUUUUGGUCACUUUGUUAGUGGAAGCGGAAUCGGUGGUGAAUUCGAGGCCGUUGACCUACAUACCCAUCGAGACCUCGGAUCAUGAGGCACUAACGCCGAACUGUUUUCUCAUGCUGAGCACAAGCGGGGUGAAUCAGCCUCCGACACAGCUCGUGGACGACAAGCAGGCUCUACGUUCCAGUUGGUUUUUGCAUCAAAGGCUGCUGGACCAAUUCUGGACACGCUGGGUGAAGGAAUACCUUCCAACCAUCACCAAGCGGACCAAAUGGUUUGUUGACACAAAGCCGGUCUCAGCCGGCGACCUAGUGAUAAUUGUAGAAGAUCGACUUCGUAACGGAUGGAUUAGAGGGCGAGUGCUGCGAGUAUUUCCUGGACGAGAUGGCAGAUGUCGCAGCGCAAAUGUUAAAACGUCAUCUGGUGUUCUAAGACGUCCGGUGUCCAAAUUUGCCGUCCUGGAAGUGGAUGAUACCGCUCGUGAGGAUACGGAGCAAUACGGGUCGGGGAAUGUUCAGGACGGAGCUAUAGUACCCUAG